CAGCAGACCCCACUGUUGUCUGACCAGCUUUAUUUGUUCUUCCAGAUGUGUGUAUCGUGUCCUAGCUGUGUUUCCAGUCGGACACAUAAGGGACGGACACCAAACAGCCACGUAGUAAAAGGUGAAGCUCGCUAAAGGUGUGGUCUGUGUUCAGAAGCAUUCUUGGACACUGACAUGCUCCCAGCUGACCUGCCUCCUAAGACGAUGGAUUUGUGAGAACUUCUUUCCAGAAGGGGCACCAGCAGUAUUGUGACUGUUCAGUUUCUUAAUGGAAAUGGAAACUAACCAUUCAGAAGCAGCUCAAAUGGAGGUUAAUGCUUAUCAAGAAGACCAUGUUAUAAAAUCCAAAGUGGAAGGUGAAACGAAGUUGAAACAACAAGGGCUGGACAACACACAAAACACAAAAGGGGAUAUUCAUAAUGGUCCUGUCAGUUCAGAUGCGAUGCCAAAUGGAAACGGACUGGCAGAAGACUUUAGUGCUGUGGGGAACGCCCAUUUAAAUGGGUCCCUGCCUCCGACAGCCCCUCCCCAGAGCACCAGCUCCCCUGUCAACUCCCAGACCCAAGAGCCCUCCCCAGGUUUGGCCGCUUUUCCACCCAUGAUGCUAGAGAAGUCUGAGGGGGCUAGUGCUGAGAUCACGGUUCACAAGGGUGAUUCAUUGCAGUCGCUCAGACUCAGUAUGCCUAUGCAGGAGACUGAAUUGUCCAACCAGAAGCCAUCACUGGAGAUGGAGAACGAGGAGAAGAUUCGCCUGGAGGCUCGCCGGCGUCUGGAGGAGCAACUCAAACAGUACAGAGUGCAGAGACAUAAGGAGAGGUCUCACCGCAUCACCCCCAAGAACAGGCGGUUCAGCACCCUGGAUCCAGAGCUCAUGCUACAUCCGGAGGGUCUGCCCAGGGCCAACACUGUUGCCAUGACCACUGAGUAUUCCUUCCUGAGGACCAGUGUCCCCCGUGGUCCCAAACUGGGCAGCUUGGGAAUUCCCCCCUCCAAGGAGAGAAAGUCCAGAUCACCCCGCCCGAGCAAGAUCCACUCCUUGGCUGACUACAAGUCUCCUGAGAAUGAUGGUGCAGGUGAAGGAGGAGGUGGAGGUGGAGUAAGAACAGCAGACAACACCAUGAGCUCCAUCCAGUCCACCAUGAGCUCAGUGUCCACUUUGUCUGAGGUCAGUGUGAUGUCGGAGGGCAGCACCUGUGAGACAGAGGCACAGCCCGGUGCUUCACUCCAAGCUGGGGACAAUGUCUCAGAAAUUGACGGCAGCGAAUCGGGAACAAGGCCGGAGAACGACGGCAACGACAGUGACAGCUCGUCUUACAGCAGUGUGUCUACCAGGGGGACAUACGGGAUGCUUUCCGCAGCAGUGGGAAGGCAGCGGGGGCCCUACACGGUGGAGGGGAGGGAGAUCGCCCCUGAGGUCAUGGGUCAGUUCCCCUCCCUGCAGGAGGUGCUGCAGGCGGCCAGUGAGGAGCAGCAUCUGCUUGAGCUGGAACAGGAGAGAGAAGGGACAGCGGAACCUCGGAGCCGCAGGGACAGUUUCUCCAGCAGUGUUUCUUUGGAGAGUUCAGUGAUGGGACAUGAUGACAUGCUGCAGGUGUUGAAAGAGAAAAUGAGACUAGAGGGUCAGCUGGAGUCUUUGUCAUCUGAGGCCAAUCAGGCUCUCAAGGAGAAGACAGAGCUUCAGGCCCAGCUCGCUACGGUGAACGCUCAGCUGCAGGCUAAGAAGGAGGAGGCUCAGAUCAGCCAGGUGAAGCAGAGCACCCUCACCACAGAGGUCGGCACGCUGCGGAAAAAUUGCGGCCAGCUGGAGAAGGCCAUGGUGGAGCUCCAGAGCAGUCUGGAGGGCAAGAACGCCAGUCUGACUUCUCUCAGCAAUGACCUGAAGGUGGCUGAGGACCAAUACAGCAGGCUGAUGGGGAAGGUGGAGGAGAUGCAGAACUCUGUAACCUCGAGAGACAACACAGUUCAGGAGUUGCGUCAGCAGAUGGGCGGUCUUCAGAGCCAGCUUCAACAGGUCCAGCUGGAGCGCAGCACCCUGCAGAGCCGAUUGAAGACCUCCCAGGCUGAAAUUGACUCGCUUCAGCAGCUCAGACAGUGGUACCAGCAGCAGCUAGCACUGGCCCAGGAGGCAAGAGUGCGACUGCAGGGCGAAAUGGCCAACAUGCAGGCUGGACAGAUGACUCAGAUUGGUGUUCUGGAACAUCUGAAGCUGGAGAAUGUGACUCUGUCCCACCAACUCACCGAGACCCAACACCGCUCUAUCAAAGAUAAAGAGCGUAUUGCUGUUCAGCUGCAGAGCAUUGAGGUCGACAUGCUGACCCAGGAAGCUGCUUAUAAGCAGAUCCAGGAUGCAAAGAACAUGGUGGAAGAUGAUCUGCAGCACAAACUGGAUGAGUUUGAGGAUGAGCGAGACCGCUUAAUUAAACUGGCCAACACAGCCGGCACCCUGGAAAGGGAACUAGAGCAGGCGAAGUUGAUCCUUUCCCAGAAGGACGUGCAGCUGCAGGCACUCCAGAAAGAGCAUUUGGAGCUGAUGCGCCAGCUGACCACCACUCAGGACAACCUGCAGACCAAAGAGCAGUCCAUCAACCAGCUGGAAGCGCGCUACCUGGAGCUGGAGGCCCAGCUGGCCGAGCUGCAGACAGAGAGCAGCGCCAAGGACGACAACAUCCAGUACCUCCAGAACGAGAAGAUCGUCUUGGAGGUGGCGCUGCAGGCGGCCCGGGCUGACAAGAGCCAACUUGAUGAGGGUGCUGAACGGCUCGGAGAGGAUGUUCUGGUGGCUUCAGAUAUCUUGGAUCAGCUCAGACAGGAAGUCCAGGUCAAAGCUAAUCAGAUUGAAACUCUUCAACAAGAAAAUAGUUCUCUGAAGAAACAAGCUCAGAAGCUGAAGGAGCAGUUCCAACAACAAAAGGUGAUGGUGGAAGCCUACCGUCGGGACGCCAUCUCCAAAGACCAGCUCAUCAGUGAGCUCAAGUCCACCAAAAAGCGUCUGCUGGCGGAGGUGAAGGACCUGAAGCAGGAGGUGCUGGGCGUUCAGGGGGAGAAGCAGAAGGCAGAGCUGGAGCAGGCCCGGCUGCAGAAGGAGGUGGUGAGAGUCCAGGAGCAGAUGAACAACAUGGAGGCCCAUUUGCAAACCAUUCAGACAGAAAGGGAUCAGCUAGAAAACCAGAUCCAGUCUUUACAGUUUGAUCAGAGCCAGCUAGCAGCAGUGACAGAAGAGAACGAAGGCCUGAGGAAACAGGUGGAGCAAUUGGAGGGAGAAGCCAAAAAGGCCAUCUCAGAGCAGAAGGUGCGGGUGAGGCGGCUGGGGACAGAUUUGACCAGUGCUCAGAAGGAGAUGAAGGCCAAACACAAGGCCUACGAGAAUGCCGUGGGCAUCCUGAGCAGGAGGCUCCAAGAGGCUCUGACUGACAAGGAGACGGCCGAGGCGGAGCUGGUCAAACUCAAGGCCCAGGUGUCGAAUGGGGGAAACAGUCAAGCCUUACAGGAUAAGGUUAAGGCUCUGCAGGCUGAGCUGCUGGCUGUGUCCAACAGCAAGACUAUGCUAGAGAAAGAGCUGCAGGAAGUGAUCACCCUCACCUCCACAGAGCUGGAGGAGUACCAGGAAAAGGUCAUGGAGCUCGAGGAUGAGCUUCAAGAGGCCCGAUGCUUCAAGAAGCGGAUUCGAAAGUUAGAAGAUGCCAACAAGAAGCUAGCACUGGAGCUGGAACAUGAAAAAGGGAAAUUGGCUGGACUGGCACAGUCCCACAAUACACUGCGGGAGCAUUCCAACAUUUUGGAGUCUGCCUUGGCUAAGAGAGAGGCAGAUCUUGUCCAGCUCAACUUACAGGUUCAAGCUGUUUUGAAGCGUAAAGAGGAGGAGGACCAGCAAAUGAAGCAGGUGGUACAAACUCUACAGCUUGCCUUGGAAAAAGAGAAAACCAAAGUCAACGACCUGAAAGAACAGGUGGCAGCAGCGAAGGCAGAGGCAGCCCACAACAGACGGCACUACAGGGCAGCCAUGCUGGAGCUGUCAGAGAUCAAGAAGGACCUGCAGGCCAAAGAGGACGUGGUCAGAGCUCUGCAGAGUGAAUCCCACAAACUACUGGCUCAGGAUGAGCAACACUCUCAAGAGGUUUCCAGGUUCCAAGAGGAGCUGGCUGAGGCCCAUUUACAGCUCCAGAUCCUCCAGAAACAACUGGAUGAAGAACUGGCCAAGCAGCCCCUCACUAACCAAGAGGUUGAGGACCUGAAGUGGGAGGUGGAGCAGAGGCAGAGGGAGAUCGAGGCACAGAAGCAGCAGCUGGAGAUGAUGGAGCAGUGUCAGCACAGGGAGCUGGACAACCUACAGAGAGCUCUACAGAACAUCAAGGUGGAGCUGGAGUCGGUGCAGGAUGAGCUGAGCGGCACUAGGAAGGACAAGUUCAUGCUGCAGGCCAAAGUGGCUGAGCUGAGGAACAGCAUGAAGACGGUCCUACUGCAGAACCAGCAGCUCAAACAGGACCUCAAACAGACUCGUCUAAGGAAGCAGCGCAUGGAGCUGAAGAGCGAGGGGAACCCAUCCAACCCAGUAACACCAGUUAAGAUUCCAGACUGCCCAGUGCCGGCCUCCCUGUUGGAUGAGUUGCUGAAACCAUCGACUUCUGUCAACAAAGAGCCCCUCAACAACCUGCACAACUGUCUACGGCAGCUGAAGGAGGAGAUGGACAGCCUCCAAAGGCAGAUGGAGGAACACACAGUAACAGUACAUGAGUCAAUGAGCUCAUGGACAAACACAGAGGAGGGACUGGCUCAACUGGAGCUUGAAAACAACAUCUCCGAAUCAUCAACGCCGCUUAACAACACGGUGGUGGAAAAUAACAAUGAAGCAGAGCCGCAGCAGUCAUAACAGAAGAACUUUUCUCAGGCCAUUAGAGGGAGAGUGGAGUUUUAUCCACAAAGGCACUUUUCAGCCCCUUAUUCCCUUUCUCUUCUCUUAACAAUUGCUGCCAACAUUUGGCGUUCUCCCGUCGGCACAGAAGUGCUUUCGCAGAGUAAUACUUUCUAUACCAUAGCUUUAUUCUUUCCUCUUUAUUUGACAGUUGUUUAUAUUUUUGUUAUGCUAUUGUCACAUAUAUUUAUUUAGAGUUAAGUAAUUACAGCUUAUCUGACAGCCUCUCCAAGAGGAUCCCCCAUCUUCGGUUGUUAUCGUAGAUACAAAUAUGGUCUAGUGUGGACUGUUUAACUAAUUUGUGGGCCAGUUUUUCCGUGUUGAAUUAGCGUUUUUUCUCUAUAAAAGGUAUUUAGUCAUCACCCUCCCCGUAAUAUGAAAUCGGUGGCUUUGGUUGCUGCUUAACGAUGGCUGACAUUAUUUAAAAAAGUGUUUUAGGUGACAGAAACAAACCAUUAGUCUGUCACCAGACUGGCUAUGAACUGUUCUUCCAUUUCUUUGUGCCUGUGUACGAGAGCGGUUGCUCAUCUAUGAUUUAACUGACGUGGUUAAACGUUCCACAUGGUUUCUAAGCAGCUGAUGAUGAAACAUCAUCACUCCUUUUCAUGAAGUUAAAAGUCAUGCACAAUUGUGGUCAGUUUUUUUUUGUAUUGCCUCUUGUUAAAAUGCAGUGUUUCUUACAUCUGUUGUAACCAUAUCACCUUGAGUUCUUAAACUAAAAGCAUUAAUCUCAGUUAUAUAUGGAGGUGUUUUGUCUAGCAUGGACUGCAGUAAUUUGUACGCAAAAAAGCCUUAAGCAAUCUUUAAUAUGCUGUAAAGGACUAAGUUGGUUUGAAUGAGCAUAUUUCUGCUGAGGGUGUGUGCAAGGUGUAAUAUGUUAUAAUGUAUGUGUGUGCAAAUCCUUACUGAAGAAUGGUCUAUUGUAAAAUAAGUGGCUCACAUCAAUGAAGAGAGAAAUUUGUACGAUGAAGCACAAAUGUUGCUACUUCUAACAGCAGGUGCAAUCAGAUGUGUUCAUUUUCUGUUACAUUGCGUACAUAUUAUAUUUACAAAAAAGGACUACCCCUGAAUCUGAUGUUAUACUUGUUUUAUGGCUGUUUCAUGGUUAUGGGGAUAGGUUAAUUGUUUUCAGAGGUUAAUAUAUAAAUACGUUUCCUUUUUUGUAUGAUUGUAAAGUCAUCAUAAUUGUUUAAUAUUGUAACAAAGAUGAAAUACAAAAUAUUCAAAUGCAAACCAUAAAUCAAAGCCGAUACUAAUUCUGGUACAGCUGCACACUAACAUUUCCGUGUAGAGGGGGCCAUUGGCUAGUACAGUAGCUUUUUGCAUGCAACUGUGCUGCAGCUGCUGUGUUGGUGCUCAUUCCCACACUAAAAACAAAAUGUUUUUGAACACAUUGUAUGCUUAUGAAUUUCCAAAGGGACAAUACAUCUUUUGAGGAGAAUGCUUACUGAGUCAAAUAACAACAAAUAUAUUGAUAUACUGUGUUCUGAAAAAAAAGAAAUCUUUUGGACUGUAUCUUCCAAACUACCUUUCACUGUAACGUUAGGUAGUAUGUAAUAACAUUUGCUCUUGCUGCUGUAACUGCUUUCUUUUUCAGAGAUUGGAAUUGAUUCAUUCCCUAUGUUUUAACAUUUGUGUUGGGAGAUGUGAUUGUAUUUAUCAUAAAAAUUGCACUAUUCAUCUGUUA